AUGUUUUCGCCCGAGAGGGACCUGCAACAACAGUCAGUGUCGGGAAAUGGAUUGCAACAGGAUCCAGCAGUAUGUUUCCGCCAACACAACCUCUACCUAACCUCCCGCAACAGCAGCAGCAACAACAACAAAAUUUCACGUCGAUCGACCCCAACGAUGUUGCAAUUUUUGCAACAAAUGCAACAGCAAAUGCAGCAGCAGAUGCAACAGUCAUUGCAACAGCAGAUGCAGCAACAAUUUCAAGCGCAGGUACAGCAGCAGCAAGCAUUUUUGAAGCAGCAAGAGCAGAUGUUUCGAGCGGUGAUGUCGGCCAUCAAUGUUCAGGUGCCGACGAACCCGGAGCAGAUUCUUGAUUCGCUGGCGAGCAAUAUCAUCGAAUUCCGGUACGAUCCGGAUCAACACAUCACAUUUGCUGGAUGGUACGUGCGAUACCAGGAUUUGUUUGCGAAAGAUGCCGUUCGACUCGACGAUGAAGCAAACGUGAGAUUGCUGCUGAGAAAACUGGGGCCGUCAGAGCACGAGCGAUAUACCAGCUAUAUCCUACCGAAAAGCCCCAACGAAGUGAAGUUCGACGACACGGUGAGUAAGCUGAAGAGUUUAUUCGGCAUCCCAGAAUCCGUGAUCAGCAAACGGUAUCGGUGCUUGCAAGUCACGAAGCAAGCCACCGAAGACUACAAAACGUUCGCAUGCCGGGUGAACAAACUGUGUGUCGAAUUUGAACUGGGGAAGCUUUCGGAGGACCAGUUCAAAUGCCUCGUGUUUGUAUGUGGACUGAAGGCAGAAAGCGAUGCGGAAGUCAGGACCAGGUUGCUGAGCAGAAUCGAGGAGCGGAACGACAUUACGUUGGAGCAGAUUUCCGAUGAAUGUCAACGUCUUCUGAACCUUAGGCACGAUACGGCGAUGAUAGAGGCAGCGUCUUCGUCGACAGCAGUGCAGGCAGUUAGACGAAAGCAGUUCGAUGGGAAGCAUUCCCGCGCAGGACGGGGAUCGCCAGAGUCAAGAUCUUCAAAUCAGCGGGGUGCCGGUCCAGCAGCGCUUUGUUGGAACUGUGGUGCAAUGCAUUAUUCGAGAGACUGUUCUUUCAUCAGACAUCGGUGCAAAGAUUGCGGUCAAGUGGGCCACAAAGAUGGGUACUGCGCUAGUGCCAAGAAGGUGAAGUCUCCAGGCAAGCGCCACCCAUCCAAGCAGAUCGUAAUGAGAAGUGUGCAAGUAAAGAACGUUCGAAAGCGAAGGAGAUUUGUGAAGGCGGAAGUAAACGGCCGGCAGAUCAGUCUUCAACUCGACACUGCCUCGGACAUCAGCGUCAUUUCCGAACAGACAUGGAGGCAGAUUGGAAUGCCAACAAUGCGACAGGAAUGCGACAGUCCAAGCUGCCACAGCCUCGGGAAAUCCCCAGUGUUUCGACCGAAGCGACCAGUGGCUUAUGCCAUUUGCAACACAGUCGACACAGAGUUGGAUCGACUUGAACGAGCCAACAUCAUUACACCGGUCGAUUUCUCGGAGUGGGCAGCCCCAAUCGUCGUUGUUCGCAAGGCAAGUGGCGCGAUCCGUAUAUGUGGGGACUACUCUACAGGCCUCAAUGACGCUCUGCAGCCGCAUCAGUACCCACUUCCUCUGCCGCAGGACAUUUUCGCUAGGCUGGCGAACUACAACGUCUACAGCCAGAUCGACCUCUCAGAUGCGUUCUUGCAGGUGGAGGUGGACGAAAGUUGUCGCGAGUUGCUCACAAUCAACACACAUCGAGGUCUUUAUCGGUACAAUAGGCUUCCACCAGGUGUCAAGGCGGCACCUGGAGCUUUUCAGCAGCUCGUAGAUACGAUGCUAGCUGAACAAAGCUGCACGUCUGGAUAUCUCGACGAUGCUCUCGUUAGCGGGGUCGACGAAGCGGAUCAUUGGCGCAAUCUUCAAGCCGUCCUUCGUCGAAUCCAGGAGUUCGGAUUCACCAUUAAAGCGGAAAAGUGCUCGUUCGGUCAACAUCAGAUCAAAUAUCUGGGACAUCUCAUCGACGGGCAAGGUCUGCGUCCGGAUCCGGCAAAAGUCGAAGCAAUCUGCAACAUGCCGGCCCCAAAAGAUGUCACUGGAGUUCGAUCGUUUCUGGGAGCGAUAAAUUACUACGGGAAGUUCGUCCCGAGUAUGCGUACGCUGCGAUAUCCGCUAGAUGAGCUCCUAAAAACCGACAAAAAGUUCGUCUGGUCAUCGGAGUGCGACAAGGCCUUCUCCACGUUCAAGCAGAUUCUCACCUCAGAUUUGCUUCUGACGCACUAUAACCCACAACGCGAGAUGGUGGUAGCAGCGGAUGCGUCAUCGGUUGGAGUUGGAGCGACCAUCAGCCACAAGUUUCCAGAUGGGUCGAUGAAAGUUGUUCAACACGCUUCCAGAGCACUAACAGCCGCUGAACAAGCCUACAGUCAGCCAGAUCGUGAAGGACUGGCGAUUAUCUUCGCUGUUACCAAGUUCCACAAGAUGUUGUUUGGACGGAAGUUCACACUGCAAACCGAUCACGCUCCACUUCUUCGGAUCUUCGGUUUGAAAAACGGCAUCCCAGUUUACACGGCAAACCGGCUACAACGCUGGGCACUCCAGUUACUGUUAUACGACUUCAAUAUCGUCUACAUAAACGCAACGAAAUUUGGUAACGCCGAUAUUCUGUCACGGUUGAUCAAUCAACACGUCAAGCCGGAAGAAGAUUUUGUAGUAGCCAGCAUCAUAACUGAAAACGACGAAAGAUCAAUUGCAUUAGAUGCAGUUACCGCUCUUCCUCUCAAAUUCAGAACAAUACAGCACGCCACCCGUUCCGAUCCUUUUCUUAGCAAGGUCUAUCGUUUCGUCCAGCAAGGAUGGCCGCAGUCAAAAACGGCCAUUCGAGAUCGUUCACUUCAACAGUUUUUCGAUCGGAGUGGUUCACUGUCUACGGUUCAAUGGUGCGUGAUGUUUGCUGAACGUUUAGUGAUCCCGAGCGAGUUUCGGGCGCGUUGCCUACAACAUCUUCAUCGAGGUCAUCCUGGCAUCCAGCGCAUGAAGGCGAUCGCGCGCAGCUUCGUCUACUGGCCGUCGAUCGAUUCGGAUAUCGCUGCGCAUGUCAAAGCGUGUCGUAACUUCGCAGCUGCAGCCAAGAGUCCACCCAAAGUACCGCCGCUGUCGUGGCCCAAGUCAACGCAUCCGUGGCAGCGCGUUCACAUUGACUACGCAGGGCCUAUCGAAGGAGACUAUUUCUUGCUCAGCGUCGAUUCAUACUCCAAGUGGGUCGAAAUCAUCAGAACGAAGUCGAUCACAGCAUCUGCAACGAUCGGAAUUCUACAAAGUCUCUUCGCUCGCCUCGGUAUGCCAGAAACGCUUGUAAGCGACAACGGUACGCAAUUCACUAGUGCCGAGUUUGCACAGUUUUGUCUUGAGAACGGUGUCGACCACGUGACAACCGCACCGUUUCAUCCGCAAUCCAACGGGCAAGCUGAACGGUUCGUAGACACAUUCAAGAGAGCGAUCAAGAAGAUUCGAGAGGGAAGAGGACCAAUCCAGAACGCUUUGGAUAUUUUUCUGUUGACUUAUUGA